GCUGCAGAGAACGGGCACGAGGCGGUGGUUAAGCUGCUGCUCGACAAGGGCGCCAACCUAGAGUCGAAGGACAAGGAGUCUGGCCAGACGCCGCUGUUGUGGGCUGCAGAGAACGGGCACGAGGCGGUAGUUAAGCUGCUGCUUAACAAGGGCGCUAACCUAGAGUCGAAGAACGACGGGUACGGCCGAACGCCGCUGUCGUGGGCUGCAAAGAACGGGCACGAGGCAGUGGUUAGGCUGCUGCUUAACAAGGGCGCUAACCUGAAGUUAAAGGACGACAGGUACGGCCAGACGCCGCUGUCGUGGGCUGCAGAGAACGGGCACGAGGCGGUGGUUAAGCUGCUACUC